CCUCCCCUCCUCUCCAAGCUUUUUUCUUCAACGAAUUUCUGAAAGAGAGAGAGAGAGGAGAGAGAAAAUGUCGGAUGAGGAGCACCAUUUCGAGUCGAAGGCGGAUGCGGGUGCGUCGAAGACCUACCCGCAGCAAGCGGGUACGAUCCGAAAGAACGGGUACAUCGUCAUCAAGAACAGGCCCUGCAAGGUUGUUGAGGUUUCAACCUCUAAAACUGGGAAGCAUGGUCAUGCUAAGUGUCACUUUGUGGCAAUAGACAUAUUCACUGCUAAGAAGCUUGAGGAUAUUGUGCCAUCCUCCCAUAACUGUGAUGUUCCUCAUGUUAAUCGUACUGACUAUCAGCUCAUUGAUAUAUCUGAAGACGGCUUUGUGAGCCUGUUGACUGAGAAUGGAAAUACCAAGGAUGACCUGAAGCUUCCCACUGAUGAAAAUCUGCUUACCCAGAUUAAAGAUGGGUUUGCUGAGGGCAAGGACCUUGUGGUGAGUGUCAUGUCUGCUAUGGGAGAAGAGCAGAUUUGUGCUCUCAAGGACAUUGGCCCCAAGUAGUGCUUUCUCAUAUAUCUAUCUAUCGAACGAUUCAUUCUUGUAGGGGUGAAUGUCGCUAAAAAUAUUUAAGCAAUAUUUUUUAGAUAUGGGACCUUGUCUAUGUUGAUUCUUACGUCAGUUUGUCCAAAAUGGGAGGGAGAGUUUAUACUGGAGACUGUAAACUCUUGGUAUCAGUUCACCCUUGAGGCUUAUGUGUACUGCUUACUACCCUUUUCCCGUACCUACUUUCUCUAUGAAUUUGCAAAUGCUAUGUUAUAAAUAACCUUGGGUAAAGUUAAA